AAGUCAUUUACCCAAUCAGGUCAAACGCACACUUCUCUGCUCCUCUGACAGUCAGAAUCAGAAACAUGGCGCUACGGGAGCUAUCAUCGCUGGAGAAAUAUUUAGGAUUGAAAAAGCCGAACAAGUACAGUACACAGGGGUAUAAAAAGAUCCCUGUGCUACAGAAUAAUAAUGGUCCUCCACUGGUAGGGCUGGUGACUAUCGCCUUUCACCUGGCGACAGAAGCCAAGCGCCCAAACCUGUUGGGAGCCUGUGCGGAGAGCAGGGCUGUGGUGCAGCAGUGGCUGGAGUACAGAGUCACCAAGCUGGACGGAUGCACAAAGGAAGACGCCAAGACCAUCCUGAAGGACCUCAACCUCUACCUGCAGGACAAGGUCUACAUGGCUGGCAACCAGUUCACCUUAGCUGACGCUUUCAUGUACUAUGGAAUCCAUCCACUCAUAGUGGACUUGGCCAUCCAGGACAAGGAGCAGUAUGUGAAUGUGACGCGAUGGUUCGACCACAUUCAGCACUACCCCGGCAUCCGACACCACCUCCCUCCCGUAGUUGUGCCCAGGAACAGACUUUACACCAGCAAACACCACUGAGACCAGACCCCCCCCCCCCCCUCCCAUCCCAGACUGACGCAUCACAAGCUCGCUUGUCUUUUGGACUUGACCUAGACAAAUGAUCUCCUAAAAUCCAACAGCAUAUCGCUGCAUUAUCACAAUUUGAGGAUGUUUCCUCAUAGUCACUUCUAUCCAAGGUCUC